UACAGUACUUGGCCAACAGUGCUUUCCAAAUAUCAUAUGCACUGAAAUUAUGGCUGGUUAAAUCAUAGAGGAUGCUAUAAAUGUGAUGAAAAUAUGAUAGCAAUGUAUCUUAUUUCUUUGUCUAAUUCCAUUUGCUAGCAUUCGCAAUGUCAGGUAUUCUUAAUUACCAUACCAGAGAAGCCGUCAGGGUGAAAGUAAAGAAAUGUGAAGGUUUGUUGCCCCCAGAAUUCAAGAAAUUCAGCGUGGACCCUCAAAUCACAUCUUUUGAAGUUUUGCAAAGUCUUCUCGCAAGGGCUUUUGACAUUAAAGGAGAGUUUACCAUAAGCUACUUGGCUCGAGGUGAUGAUGGAUGUGAGACGUACUUAGCUUUAUUGUCAGACUGGGAUCUAGAUGCAGCUUUCCUGGGCUCGUCUGAGCCUUAUCUUCAAUUGAAAGUAGACCUAAAGCCAUUUGAAGAAGAAACAGCUAGAGUUUAUCAAGGCAUUGGAUUCCUGACCCCUUUUACUGCUAGCAGAGGAACACAUCAUCAGCAAGAUCACAAAAUUAGACAAGAAGAAGAAGCACAAAAAGAUGCACAUCUUCAUGCUCUUAUUUCAAGAUUAGAAGACUGGGAUGUGAUUGCUCCAGUAGACAUUUCUCGUCCUCAAAUGACUGGUCUGGUGGACAGGACAUCAUUCACUGGAACUAUACUUAAUCAUAUGGAGAAAACAUUCAGCAUGGUCCAACGAGCCUUGAACAUUGGUGAAAAUGAUCAAUUGUUGGAAAACAUAAAACCUCUAAAGCAGCCCAUGACAGAUUCUGAGUUUCAUAAUUAUUUAGACAAUAUUGGGAGACUAGUGCGACCAAAGGAGCUCCGGCUCUCUGUUUAUCAAGGUGGUCUAGAACCCUCACUGAGGAAAGUUGUUUGGAAACAUAUACUUAAUGUUUAUCCAGAAGGCUUAGCAGCCAAGGAGAGGAUUGAUUACAUGCAAAAGAAGUGUAAAGAGUACUUUCGGCUCUGCAGAACUUGGCAGGAUAUGAUAGAUGGAGGUAAGACGAAUGAUCUCAUGCAUUUUGUGACAAAUAUGGUGAGAAAAGAUGUCCUCCGAACUGAUCGUACCCACAAGUUUUAUGCUGGAUCUGAUGACAAUAAAAAUGUAGUUUCUUUGUUUAACAUUUUAACAACCUAUUCACUGAACCAUCCUAGUGUAUCAUACUGCCAAGGAAUGAGUGAUCUAGCAUCUCCAAUCCUAGUAACUAUGAAGGAUGAAGCACAUGCCUAUGUAUGCUUCUGUGCUGUCAUGCACAGACUCAAACCAAACUUCUCACUAGAUGGUGAAGCCAUGACUGUCAAGUUUCAACACCUGUCAGAAUUGCUUCAACACUAUGACCCCCAGUUCUAUGAGUAUCUACAACAACAGGGAGCUGAUGAUCUCCUCUUCUGCUACCGGUGGCUGCUUUUGGAGUUGAAACGAGAAUUUGCAUUUGAUGAUGCACUUCAUAUGCUGGAAGUAUUAUGGAGUUCUUUGCCUCCAGCACCACCAAAGGAUGACUUGCCUUUGUUUGAGGAAGAGUUUUCUCCUUUCACCUCAUGUCCUCACUCUCCCCGUUUGAAUAGUCGAGAAAACCCAUACACAAAAGUGCGAGCAAUCCGUAAACAGAAUUCUUCAUCUUCCAUCACUGGAGUGAAGUUAGGAAAGGAACGAGAAGACUAUCCUAAAUUGAGAUAUUAUGAAUCAGCUGGAUCUUCUAGCCUGAGCUGUGGUUGUAGAAAUGAACAAAUUGUGGAUUACUCAGUGUCAGGCAGAACUCAAGAAUUUAACAGCUCAAGAACCAACAUAAUGGAAGGAGAAUACAGUACUGAUGACUCCCAGGAGUAUCUACCAAUGACCACUUCUAUCACACGUGAGCUGCGUAUGGAACUUGAAAAUCUCAAUCGCAAUCUUCCAGGAUCCCGCCCUUCACUUCCACAAUCACCCACUGGUGAUUCAGAAGAUCUAGAUUCACCUCAUUCACAAAUCAGUGGUGAUCCCAAUUCUUGUGAUUCUUGCAGUAUAUGUCGAAGAGGAAGCAUUGGUCCAGACCCAGAGGAUGACACUCACAGUUGGACCAGUGACGACCAGUUCUCAGGAGGAGAUCAAAUACGCCCAUUAGAUAAUAUAAAAAAACUACACAAGUCCCCAGAGACAUUGGAUGUUAAUGGUGAUCUUGAAGUGGAACCAGUAACAUGCUCCACUCCUGAUGAUCAGUAUGAGUUAGAACUUGAAAGCAUAGAAACUACACCCCAAUUACAUCUUCAGCACUGCAAUGGAGAAAUUUUGGAAAAUGAGGAAUCCUACAGUAACAAUGGACUUCAAUGCUCUUGCCACUUGAAAUCUGUUAUACCCAUCCAGCUUGUUCAUAGCCCUGGCCCUGAAGAUCAGCAUCAUGGCAGUGAUAGUUCAGAAUCUCUUCCAGAUAAGUGUGGUGAGGAAUGUGCAGAAGAGAGGUACACAGCUAAAUUAAACAACCAAAGUGAGGGAUAUAGUUCAGGAAGUACAAUGUCUUCAAAAGAAGCUUCCACACAAGAAGAAACUGGCAGUGAUCAAGUUGGUGGUAAUGGUUUUAUUGAUUCUGGAGUGAUUAGACCAGUGAUGACAAACUCUUGUGAGGAAGCUUUGGAAUUCAGUGGGAGAAUGAAACGUUCCAAGUUACCACCACCUCAUGAACUAGGUGGGGGAAAUCCAUUCAUGUUAUUUUUAUGUUUGACACUGCUUCUUCAGCAUAGUGAUAGUAUCAUGAGGAGCAACAUGGACUACAACGAACUAGCCAUGUACUUUGACAAAAUGGUGAGAAAGCAUAAUGUUACUCGAGUUCUGCAUCAAGCUCGAACCAUGUUUGCUGAAUAUUUGAGAAUGGGUUGGCAUGAAGACAGUUGGAAGUCAGCAUCUAAUCCUCAGGUUUAAGUAGCCAAAGUGAACUGUGUCUUAAAAAACUUUUUCUUUUAUUGUGUGGAAUAUUGAUAUGAUGAAAAUAUGGACACAGAAAGUUAAAACUUAUCCCUAGGUUUUAAUUUAAUUAUUAAGUUUACAUCAACUUUGUAAUGAAGAACCAGAAACUUCUUGUUCUAACUUUUUGUAUAUCAGUGUUUGAGUUUUAUGAAAGUUAAAGUGAAACCAGCACUCUCCUUUGAAGUUAUUUUGUUUAUCUGUUUUAAUACUAAUUAAUUUCAUUUUUUUAACUUCUUUUGUGUGUGUGUAUCCACAUAUAUACACACACAUAUAUAUAUAUAUUACCCCACCAUUUCAACAAUUUUAUAUCUGAUCUCUUUCUAGGUAGAAUACAAAAAAGUUUCCAAGUAAAUAAUCAAUUAAAUUUAGCUAUUUUUAUGAGUAAACUUCUAAUAAUACACAGUACACCUACAACAUUUAAUUAGACUGUUGCAUCAUAAUUUGGUAAAUCCUCAUAUUUUGAGUUUGUACAGCUUUAAAAUUUUGAACUUAGGUUAUUUAUAUUGAGAAAACUGCAAACUAGUGUUAAUUAGAAGCACCCAUCAGAGAGGCAUAAACAGGUUGUAUACAGUAUUAGGUAUGAAGUUAUUGUAGCAACAUAAAAGGGAAUCUAAAUUAUAUGAAUAGAACACUAUCAAUCAGUUAUGUAAGCUGUGAUAUAUCUGAAUGAUUAUUUCUCUUUGUAAAACGUUCAUUGAUAGUUGUAAUCACUUUAACUUGAAGCAGGAUUAACAUUCAUAAACACUUAGCUUUUUAAUACACUCGAGAGAGAUCAUGUAUUUCCUAACUCUUAUGUUUAUGUGAUUAAGACGAUAAUUUACAUUCAUUCCUCUUUAGUUUAUUCUAUAAGAUCUAAUAGGUUUUUGGCAGGAAAGUGUUUCCUCCUCUUACUUAAGUAAAGAUAAUAAUGUAAAGAUUAAUCAGUAUACACUCAAGAAGUAGUGUGAUGGACCAAUAGAGUAGAUGAUCAGUGUGAUCUUAGGAUCAUAUAAAGAUAUAACAGUAACCUUCGUAAACAACUAAGUUAAGUGAAUUUAUUUAUUUUUUAGAGCAUGUAUAGGAAAAGUACAUUUUUAUUUUUAAAAAGAUGAUUGAAGAUUGACUUUUCUAGCAAGUUUUGGUAUGUGAAUGGUCUAGAUUGAUUUCCUAAGUAAUCUGGAUUGUAGAAUCACCUGGAUGCUAAUACUUUCUGUAGAAGUUUAGUUGAAUGUGUGAAAAAUACAAACUAGUAAGCUUUCUGUGAACUUUGAUUGGUAAGUCCUCAUACUGAUUUUAACUGAUCAACAUUUGAUCUUAAGUGAGCUUUAACUUUAGACUUUGAUCUGAAUUUUUCAUUAAGUGUGUGAUCAAAAUAGCUUCAUCACCAGUUAUAGAAUUGACUAAUGUAGAUUAGUGAUAAGAUCAAUGUAAACUCCUGUACAUAAAGUGUGUUUGUGUAACUUCUCUAUUCUGUUGUCAUUUGUCAAAGGUGGAUAUCCUAAGAUUUGAUAUUCAAUUUUACUUUUUACUGAAAAGGAAUUUUUCAUCUUGUUUAAUCAUCUUGAAAUACUGAAGUACAUUUUCUUGGUAAUUGAAGAAUAAUUUCCACACUUUUUUUUAGCUUAGUUGGCAAGGGUUAAUUAAUUACAUUUGCAUGAUGUAUAAUAUUUUUUCAAGUAGUUUAUGCAUUUGAAUUGUUCUACAAUACAAAUAGUCUAGCAUCAGCUGAAGUGUGGCUACUAAUUUUUGACUAGUUCAAGUAAAAGUUGCUCAAUCUUCACAAGCUGUAAAUGUUUCAAACCAAAAAAAAAAACAUCACCAUAAAAGCUGUUGCAUUUCAUUUCAUUAUGAAGCAUUUUUUUUAUUUUAAUUUUUGUAAAAUUUCACUGCAGAAAUUCAUUCAGUAAUGAAACAAAUUGAAAUAAAUGUCCUACACAGUUUAUAUACACACGUACAAAUGAUUCAGAAGUCCAUUGACAGCAAAUAAUUCAAAAGUUGGGAGGUAUAGUAAAUUAAUUGUUAGUGGUAUAAAAUGGAGAGUUGCAACAAUGUCACUGAGAUCAUUUAAGACCAGGUUUUUCAUAAAUAUUAUUAAUAUGUAUCAUAUUCCAAAAAUGUCAAUGGCAAAAGUAUAGAUAAUAGCAAGUUAAAUAUUUUAAACCCAAAGUUGUCAAAAUUGCUCCUCAAGAACAACAGUUGAAGACAUAAGUUCACCCUUACCAUGUAUAUGGAGUUGUGCCACAGAAAUUUGAAAUAUAACAAACCUAGAUUGAAGUUGCAAAGUCAGAAUUUUGUAUAAGUAGAUCAAUGUUUAAAGGAUUAAAAAAGUAUUAAAAUAAAUGCCCUGUACAUAAGUUAGCACAUGAGCAUUGUGCUACAGCUGCUCCAAAAUCAUCUAAAUAAUAACACAAUAUUCAGUUGAAUAACAGUUAUCGUGGUUCUACUGUAUGGAAAGUGUCACCAGAAUGCCCAAGCUGCUGCCAAAUUGUAUGCUGAACGGUUCCCAGAUGAACAUCAUCCUUUACAUAGGUGACAGGAAAUGUUUGUCAAUCACUGUAUACUACAGACUCAUUUAUGCAUAGAUGCUGUGCAAACAAACCUAGAACAGCAAACAAUUUUGACAUCAAAGUUGACAUAAUGGCAUUUAUCUCAUUUUGGUGUCACUUUGAAUACAACUUUUGAUCUUUUUGCUACAAUUUUGUACUACUGUUAAGCUGCUUACCUCACAUGCAUUUAUGUCUAUAACUGUUGUUGUUAUGGGGUGAUUUAGUAAUGUUUGGUUUAAAAUGUUUCAUUUGUUAUUGUAUACAUCUUUGCAGUUGUAAUUUUUGAUGUAUGUUACAUAUCAAUAAAACUUUUGAAGGGCAUGACCUUGAAUGACCUGAGUGAUAUUUUCACAAGGUAGACCCACAGCAUACCUCCAUCCAUACCAAUAACAACUAUUUUCGUAUACCUCUAUUUCUGAAUUAUUUGCCUGUCAGUGGAAUCACAUGGUAUAUAAUAGGACUUUUAAAAAGUAAGUGACCAUUUAACAUGACAACUUUUAACUAUAAUUACAUAGCAAUGUUAAUAAAACUUUUAUUUACAGUGAGGUUGAUUUCAUUGUGGUAAUUACAAUAUACUGUUUGGCAUUUAUAAAAAAGUUUUUAAGUAUAUUGACAGACUCAUGCUUUUGUUUCAACUCACUGUUUAGCACACUGCUAUGAAAACCUUUAAGCUAAAAACAGUUUCAGUUCUAAAACUUUUUACACAUUAAUUCAUAAGAAGAGCUUAUUUGUGAUUAGAAUAUAUAUAUAUAAAUAAUUAUUUUAUGCCUGUUUUAUGCUGUUAAGAUUAGUUGCAUUUAUACAAUUUUACUAAAUGUAUCAUUUAUAAACCAACAUUUUUAAAAACACGUUUAAGUCAUAGAAUAAAGAUUUGGGUAUGUCUUUCAGUUUUCUAUUAAUCAGUCAUUCAAGUGAAUGAAAUGAAGACAAUUUUUUAAUUUCUCUGUUGACAAUAAAAGAGAGAAUAAGGAAUUAUUUCAAAAGAUUUAACAACCUAAACACUGCAUUGAUCUAACUUAUGAUUUGACUUACUACCAUGCAAGUGGUGAAACAAAUAUGAGAUAUACUGAUUUCAUAAAACAUAUUCGCUCAUAUUAUAUAAUUCAUUUUAUCAAUCAGAUUAUUAAUAUCAAAUAUGUCUAUCAAUACUAAGAUAUCAGCUUAUAUUUUCUAAAUCACACAGACUGAAGAUAAUCAAGAAAUUGAAGGCUGAAGUGAUAGUUUAGUAUUUAUGGUCCAAUUUUUGACAUAGCAAAUAUAAAUAUUGAAGUAGCUGUCUAAAAAAUAAAUUGAAACUUUUGUUUUUGUGUAAUAACUUAGUAGAAACACUUCCAAAUACAUAAUUCACAGGAAUCUGAUAUUUCAUUAUCAAGUUUAAAGUGAGUCAUAUGCCAGUUAAAACUAUUAUCAAUUGAUAGUACACUGUUGCUUGUAUAUGACUUAUUUAUUAACAAAUUUAUCCAUCCUAGUCAUAAAAGAUAAUCAACUUAUAAUUUUUGUUUUUUUAUAUUAAUCUUUGGUCCUUAUAUGUGGUGCUAAUCUCUCCAGCAGUAAAAUUAUCAUAAUUUGGUAUGUGUGUACUGUUAAAAUAAUCUGUCCUGCAAAUAAAUGUACUACUUCAAGAAAAUAUUCUGUAAUUAAUGAUUUGGAUUUUCUUUUAUAAAGUUUUAUUCAGAAAAGUUUUCAUUAUUUAAUUUUAGACUGUCAUUACAAUGGAAAUCAAACAUUGAUAGAAAGAAGAUAAUAUCAACCUUUUAUUGUUAAAGU